AUGUCCGCCCAAACAAUCGCCUUCCUCGGAGCAACCGGCGGCUGCACAAACGCCUGUCUCUCCUAUACCCUCCUAAACGGGCACAACGCUAUCGCACUCGCCCGCAACCCCGAAAAACUCACCACCCAACUCCUCUCCCAGCCAGGCCUAACCCAAUCAAUCCUGGACAAACACCUCCGCGUCAUCCAAGGCGACGCCCGGGACAUCGAAACAGUGAUGAAAACGCUCAUCGUCUCGACAACCGAGCAAAGCACAACCCUGGUCACCCACGUCAUCUCCGGUGUAGGAGGUACAGGACAAUUCGUCCUCAGCAAACCCUCACCAUGUGCUCAAAUCCCCAUUCGGAUUCCGACGAUCCCACAUAUAUCUAUUCCGAAUCCGCAUAUCACCGAGGAGUCCACGAGCGCCUUACUAGCCGCAUUGGGACGUAUCGCAGACGAACGUUUUACCUGUUUUGACGAGUACGCCGCCGUAGCACCACGUGUGACUAUUAUUUCCAGCACAGGAAUUAAAAAGGGUGUUCGUGAUGUGCCGAUGCUCUGUAAGCCGCUGUAUGCGGCGUUGGAAGUGCCGCAUAAAGAUAAGAUGCAGAUGGAGAGGUUGUUGACGUUGGAGCAGGAGAGGAAGGAGAGUUUGUUAUGUGGGGGUCAUGUUAUUGUGAGGCCGAGUCUUUUGGGUGGGGAUCAUAGGAUUGCUGGGCCGGGAGUGGAUUCGGGGUAUGCGAGGUUGAGGGUUGGGACGGAGAGGAGGCCUGAGGUUGGGUAUACGGUUGGAAGGGCUUUGGUUGGGGAGUGGAUUUAUAGGGAGGUUGUUAAGGGAGGUGGGGAUAGGUGGGUUGGUGAGGGGGUUAUCCUUACUAAGUAG